UCGCCCGUGUUUUCAUCGUACGCCAUACACCAAAGGACUGUGUAACCACGAGGGUGUAAACCGUAAACAAACAUUUCUCUGGCUGCAAGAAGCUUUGUUUCCGGAUUUACUGGUUGAUUAAUAGUAUUUUGUUAGGCUUCGGAUGGAGAUUUUUGGGAGCACUUUAGAUGACUCGUUGUUUCUGGAGGCCAGGGACCGAGUGUCCGAGCCUCUGUCUUCAUACAACGCCAAAGUCUGUGAGCCUGAGUGGUUUUGUAAGAGUGCUGCUCUAGACACAGACGACCCUCUGGAGACGCAGAAAGUCUUUAAGUUUAGAGGAGACUUGGCUGUGAGACAGGGGAACUAUCAGAAAGCCUUGGAUGCGUACAGCAUUUGCCUAGAGUGGGUCGCUGACAACAAUAUGACGAUCAGAAGAGACGUUUUGGAGGGAAUGGCCCGAUGCUACACCAUACUGGGACAGAGGGACAGAGCACUCGAAUUGGCUGACUUACUGAGCAAAGAAGCCUCCAACACGUGUCACCUGAUCAGCCUCCUGCUGCUCAAGGUCAGCAUCUACCAGCAUUUUGGAUUUUUGAGAUCAAAGAUGUCGUCUCUACAGCAGCUGUGCAGCCUGCUGCCCUUUAACCCCUGGCACUGGAACAACCUGGGACAGACAUUUCUGCAGCUGCUGGAGAGGAACAUAAUUACAGGAUCAUGUUGCCUUAAGGAAUGUGAACCAGCAGAUCAGGAGCAGAAUCACACAGAUUCUGAGGAACAACAGGAAGAAGCAGCCGAGUUCAACAAGGACGAAGUCUGGCUGAAAGCCUGCACGUGUUUCAUCAGGACGAGACUGCUAUUGAGGAUUCUUCGGCAGCAGCAGUCCUCGUUUGUGCUGCAGCGCAGUGAAGGCACUUUACAGACAACAGAUGAGACGUUACAACGGCUCAAUCCUAAAGAAACAACACUGCAAGCUCUCACUGAGGUGAUGUCUGAGGACCUGAUCCCGGAGAAGAUGAGGGAGGACUACCAGGACGGUGAGAGCCUGCUCAGUGUGUGUCUGCAGAGCUUCAGUGAGCGCUGGUGGAACAAGAUCUUACUGACCGGAGUGCUCGAGAAUGACGGCUGUGAACAUCAUACACAGACCAGUGCUGAGUCCUGACACUCCAGUCAUGUCGGGUUCAAAGACAAGUUGGCAGAGAUGGCAAAAAAAGACUGAAUGCCAGGUCUGACUCAUGAACAGGAUGAUCCACUCAGCCUUAUUGACUUGAUAAAUCCCCUGACAUGUGGAUAUGAACAUGUCACAAAUACAUUGUAUGAAUGGUAACUUUUCAUGUGGAUCAUUUAAUAAAAACCUUUCAAAAUAAAA